AAGACAAAAUGGACAAUAAAUGGACACCUGGUAAUUCAUCUGGAAGCAAGAAAUCAAGUAAAGCCAAAGGAAGUGGAUUAGAUGAUCUUCUGGGGGAUCUCCUAGAUGAUGAUGUGCCAAAGAAGAAAGUCACUUCAAACGUAUCACCACCAACAAUCAAAGCCAAUAAAAGACAAAGGGAUGAUGACUUCUACAGUAACCUGGCAGCCACAGCCGAGGAUGAUUUGUCUGACGUAUCAGAAGCAGAUGUCAAUCAGGUGGCAAAGAGCAUUGCUGAUCUUGAAGACAUGGAUGCUGACCUCUUUGGUGGGUCCAUUAAAAAAAAAGGUAGCAUUAAGGGAACAAGUGAUAGAUCCAGCAAACCCAACACCCCAAGACGGGGUAGUACCCCUAGGUCAGCUCGUAACACCACCCCCAGGGCCACAUCACCACAGGCCAGAGUGACCUCUCCAACAGGGCCUAACAGAGGCAUUUCUGCAUCAGCCCGUGUCACCUCUCCGACCAGGACAGAAACACCUACAAGUCCCACAGGGAUAUCUAGCUCACGUACAGGCAGUGGUAAAAGACGAACUGCAGCAGCUGCAACUUCCAGUUCUUUUUCACCAGCACCUGUACCAGACUACAAGCCUGGCACUGCACCUGGUAAAAUGACAGAUAUUGGCUCUGCAUCGGAGUCUCUCAAGCCUGGUGUCCAUUCAAAUGAAAGACCAGGAACUGUUCCUAAAGCUAAGGCAAAGUAUGACUUUGGAGAGUUUAAUGAGGAUGACCCACUGGCAGGCCUUAUCAGUGAUGAAGAUGAUUCAGCUUCCUGGGCAGCGAAGCCAAAAAAGUCAGUACUGAAAAAACAGAGGUCCUUGGAGGACACACCCUCACCUGCUGAGAAGGAGCAGGUAGAAACUCCAAGACGGAAUGUGUAUGACCGACCACCUACCAGGAGUGGUGUUUCUAAGUCUGAACCAGUCAUAGAAGAAAUACCCAAACCAGUCUCUCCUCGUAAGGAGGAAGUGGUGAGAAGAGACGAUCCUACUCCUAUCAAAAAAGAUCCUUUACCAGCCAGACGGAAAUCCGAUGCAGGUCUGUUUAGUGAUGAUGAUGAUGACCUCCUGGGAGAUUUAGGUAUCGAUGACAAGCCAACCAAACCUGUCGACAAGGCUCGCUCUGUACACAGUGAAGAGGAUGGCCAGCCAGCCAAGGCGAUUUUUGAUAAACUUCUUGGUAAAGAUACAGUCUCCAAGCACUUGGAUACCAACAAAGAAAGACGAGAGUUUGUCCUGGAUAAAAAAUACACUAAAAAUGCUGAAGAUGAAGAGGAUGACUUUCUAUUUGGAGCCUACCAGCCCUCAGCUGCAUCCACUCAGGGAUCCCGGCCUAACUCACGUCGAUCUGUUCGAUUCCAAGAUGAGGAUGACAUCUUUGGUAUAAGUGAACGUCCUCCCUCUCGGGGACGAUCCCCAGCCACAAAGAAGCCGGAUGACAUGGACUGGUUGGACAUGACUGUCAGUAAGCCAGCCAUAAAACCUACCACUCCUGAGAAGUCUACUCCCAAACCAACCACAACAGAAAAAUCUAAGCCUACUAUUGACAACACUGGGCCAUCUAAGCCUCAACAGGAGAAGUUUGUCAACAAAUCCGAUCCGAUGGACUGGCUGGAGAAACUGAAACAGGACAAUAUGGCUGACGAUCCUGCCUUCAUGGCUGAUGUCAGUCCACCAUCAGAGCCCAGGGAGGACACAAAGUUGUCUGUGACUGACUUCCAACAGAAAAAGAAGGAAGGGAAGGACUUGAAACAGCAGGAAAGCUGGAUGGACAGUGGAGGAGAUGAUUACCUAGGGCUGGGGAAAGAGAUUGAUCCAGACUCACUCCUAAAAUCUAAAACAAAAGUGCCAACAUUUGGUGGAGCCGAUAGAAACUCUGAGAAAAUGGCAGACCUUUUCUCCACUGGUCCUUCAAAACCAGAAAAAAGUUCUCCGUUUUUUGAUCGUGGACUACCACCAAAACCAGACCUUUCAAAACAGGUGAUCGCUGAAGAGGAAACCAUGCUGUCACUAGGGAGCCCAAGGGUCCCCCUCUCCUCACAAAUUGGUCAGCUGGGAAAGCUGGACAAUGACACUGAUUAUUUUGGUUCACCCCAACAGAAGUCACCAGACACUGCUGUUCAGACUGACUUCUUCAGUUUUGACAAAAGUAGGAGAGGAAGUGAGUCAGUAACAGUGCCUCAAGGUCAGGCUGAUCUACAGUAUCCUUAUGUUCACACUCCCCAGAACUCCUUCCAUCAACUACCUGCCCAGCAAGAGGUCAUAGGUCAACAACAAACCAUGGUACAGCAGCAACAACAAGCUGCAAUGCAGCUACACCAACAAGUGAACAUUCAACAACCGGCAGCAUUACAGCAACAACAACAGGCAAAUUUCAUUCAACAACAGUCACAACUGCAGCAGAUGAUGUCAGACCUCCAGAAACAAUAUGAAACUUCACUCAAGACACCAGUAUCAGGUGCGCCAUCUAUGCCUGGAAUUUCCCCAUUGAUGGGUUUGGGUGUAGGGACCAGUGUGAUGUUGACAGAUCCUCCAAAGUCUCUAAUGGAAGCUGAGGCUCGUAUUCGAAAGCUUGAGAUUGAGAGGGAUUAUGUUCAGUCAAUUCUUGAUUCAACAAAGCGUCGUUCCGAGGAGGAAAUAGAAGCUGUGGAAAAUUCUUACAAGAGCAGAAUGAAACAUAUAGAAGAAACCAACAAAAGUAUAGUAGACAGAUUGAAGGAAGAAAAUAGCCAGAUGUUGAAUCAGCACACGUCUCGUAUAAGGAGUUUAGAGGAGGAAAAGUCCAACAUAAACACUCAGCUGUAUCGCAGGAUAGAGGAGCUGGAGCGUGACCGUGCAGAAGAAUUAGAAAAGGUCAAACAAACACACAGAAAAGUUCUAGCAGAAUUAAAAGAGGACCACAACAAUUCUUUGCAACGACUGAAGCAGGCCAAGGACCAACAAAUAGAGGCUGCCGCCACUUCUCAUGAUACUACAAAGUCAUUAGUGGCAGCUGUGACACUGAUUGAAAAUAAUGCUCGUGACCUUGGAGAGCUCCAAAUGAAGGUCAAUAGCUGGCAUAGUCAGGGUCUGGAUGAACGGGAGAUCAUCACCAGAUCAAAGGACGAGCAGCUUCGCAUCCUACAGGAAAGACUCGCCAAACAACAAGAUGACAAUGAUCAGGAGCGCCAAAGGUUGAACGACCUGACCAACCGUUUAGAAGCACAACUUAGGGAGCAGAAUCGUCAGCUAGAUGAGGAACGAUGGAAAGCAAAGCAGGAACAGAAUCGUCUUCAUACUCUGCAGGUAGCUCUCGAAGAAGAACGACAACUGUGGACUGAACAGCAGGCUAGGGAUAGAGCUAGUAUAGAGAAAACAAGGGAAACAUUAUUGGAAGAUGAGAAAUCCUUGUUAUCACAGCUUCAUCGUGAGCGUCAGUCCUUGGCAGAGGAACGGAUGCAGUUUAAUGUCACACAACAAAUCCAGAAGGAUGAAACAGAACAGUACACCAUGAAGCUAGCUCAUGCAAAGGCAGAGUAUGAAGCCACUAUGAAGGCUAUCUCUGGGGAGAAGAACAAGAUGUAUGAACGGAGACAGGAACUGCAGACAAUAGAAGACCGUGUGAGGGAUGAACAGAGGAAACUGGAGAGGGAUGAAGACAGAUGGCGCAGUAAGCAGGAAGACUUCGAGGAAACAGCUGCCACACUGAAGGCAAAGUCAGAAGAGGUGGAUGAGAUGUACAUGGAAGCCCAGAAAAAGUUCGAGGAGGGAGAACAGGCACUGCUGGAGGCGCGGUCGUUGGAGAGUGAAGACAAAAUGAGGAUGGACAGCAUACAGGAUCAGAUUCAGAUACUACGGGUCAAAGAAAAGGAGAUUGCCGAGGAAAAGCUACGUCUGUCCCGAGAGAAGAAGGAGGUAGAAAACCUAAGGUUUACAUUGCUCUGUCCAAACUGUCGCACGCCCAGAGGAGACAGUAUGAAUAUUAUCCCACCUCAAGUGCCAAUGGAGAGUAUGCCUCAGAUGACAAACCAGACAUCGCCUUCUUACAUUGGAAAUGGGUACAAUGCAGUGUCCAGACAGAUGGUGUCACAUCAAGUCCCCAGUCCAUCAAUACAGAUGUCACUGAAUUCUGUCCAGUCCAUCACAGAGACCAUCAAGGCAGAUCGAUCAGUACGUAUGUGGAAGGUGGAAGCCAUGAAGGACCAGAAGUACCUGGAUGAACAGAACAUGUUCCUCUAUACACUGAGACAUAUGCCUUACAACAAGACAUCAACAAACUCCUGAUGAUGGCACCACAAGUAUCAGCAACAUUGUUCACAAUUAUAUCCAAGUUGGCCAACGAAUGACCUAUAUGGUGGUAUCUGUUUCAGACCAAGCAUGUGGUGUUUAUAUUUAUCCCUAUAGUUGGCAGCUCUUCAUUAAAGAAUCUCCACAUCACAUAUCUAGCUAGUCAAAGAGUGUGACUGUAUCAGAGAAAACAGCAUCAUGUUGCUGGUCUGUGAUAGCCAAACACAAAUUAACACUUACUUGUUUUAAUUCCAUCACAUUUACAUAAUCUUGGACACAUGGCCAGAAGAUCUAUGUGAAGGGUAAAAAUGUACUCUGUAUGAGAUCAUCAGACCUUAUGUACACUGAGACAGUCAGAUCUGUGUGAAGGGUUAUAAUGUACGCUGAGACAGUCAGAUCUGUGUGAAAGGUUAUAAUGUACACUGAGACAGUCAGACCUGUGUGAAGGAUUAUAAUGUACACUGAGACAGUCAGACCUGUGUGAAGGGUUAUAAUGUACACUGAGACAGUCAGAUCUGUGUGAAAGGUUAUAAUGUACACUGAGACAGUCAGACCUGUGUGAAGGAUUAUAAUGUACACUGAGACAGUCAGACCUGUGUGAAGGGUUAUAAUGUACACUGAGACAGUCAGAUCUGUGUGAAAGGUUAUAAUGUACACUGAGACAGUCAGACCUGUGUGAAGGGUUAUAAUGUACACUGAGACAGUCAGAUCUGCGUGAAGGGUAAUAAUGUACACUGACACAGUCAGAUCUGCGUGAAGGGUUAUAAUGUACACUGAGACAGUCAGAUCUGUGUGAAGGGUUAUAAUGUACACUGAGACAGUCAGACUUGUGUGUGGGGUUAUAAUGUAGGCUGAGACAGUCAGACCUGUGUGUGGGGUUAUAAUGUAGGCUGAGACAGUCAGACCUGUGUGAAGGGUUAUGAUGUACUCUGGUAAAAGGACUGAUUUAGCAUAUUAUGUAUUUUUUAGUUUGAUAAGUAGACAUAUAAAAUAUGCUGUCUUUAAGAGAAAUGUAGAAGUAGUGAUGAUUUUAUGAUAACAAACCCACCUCCGUGCCUGUAACAGUUAAGUUGUUGCCAAAGUGGUGAAUUCCAUUCUCUUUUAAUGAUGUCCAAAGCAUUUUGUAGAGUGUUUUACUUUUAUAGAUGUAUCAGGGAAUUAGAGCACUGAUGGAAUAUUCUUACAAUGAUGUACGUAUGACGACAGAUUCUACGUACGACGACAGAUUCUACGUACAUUGACAGAUUCUACGUAUGAUGACAGAUUCUACGUAUGACAACAGAUUCUACGAUAAAUGUCAAUUGAUGUUACAUGUGUAUGUACACAUGGUGACUGACUAUUGAUUUAAUUUUUAUGAAUUUUUGUAAAAUUUACAAAACAUAUUUAUACAGGUUAGUGACUUUAGCAAAUAGCAUUAGGGGUAAGAGAGGCAGCUCAUCUGGGGACGAGUAACAGACCAACGGGGGACAAGGGGCUACAUAGAGUGUAGUGACAGACCAACGGGGGACAAGGGGCUACAUAGAGUGUAGUGACAGACCAACAGGGGACAAGGGGCUACAUAGAGUGUAGUGACAG